AUGCUAUGUCCCGGACUCACAGCCAUUGUGAAGUAUCCUGCCCCCUGUGAUCUAGUACAGCAACGGCUUCCGGGGGCAACCCACCAGAAACCGACACAAUUCCACGAACGCAUCCUUAGAAUCGUCCUCGUUCAAGGCACCUAA